AAGCACAGAUUCAAGAUGAAACUGUGGACGUCCAUCGCAGUGUCCGUCUGCGUCGCAAUGGAGUUGGUGUACGCUGUACACGAAACUUCAUUCUCCAAAGAAAGCUGCGAACUUGAUCCAGACCCAGGAAUCUGCAGAGGAAUGUUGAAGCAGUGGUUUUACAAUUCCACGUCAUUUCGCUGUGAAACGUUCCACUACGGAGGUUGUCUCGGAAAUGCGAACAAGUUCGACACCCUAGUUGAAUGCAACAAGAAGUGCAGAGACGCUGUCCUCGGAGUCUGUGCCUUGGCCGAGCCCAAGCAAAUUUGCCGCGCAGCAUAUAGGGGCUACAGGUUCAAUGCUCUGAAGCAAAGAUGCGAGUCUUACAUCUAUUGCAACAAAAACGCAAAUCAUUUCGCAACGGUAGAAGAGUGUGAACAACAAUGUGGCAAGUUUGCACAAGAUCCAUGCUUUCUGCCGAAGCACGCUGGUCGCAACUGCACCACAGAAGCUCGCAUGCAAAAUUACUGGUUCAACAGCGAAACAAAAUCGUGUGAACUCUUUGACUACAACGGAUGCGGAGGGAACGGAAAUAACUUCGUCGAAGAAUCAGACUGCUGGAGCACGUGCGCCAAAUAUGUAGAGAACAACUGUGCCUAUCCGAUUAAAUCCGGAUACUCCUGCCCAAACGGAUCAAAAGAGGUUGUGUUUGGAUAUAAUAGCCAUACCAAGAGAUGUGAGAGAUUCGUGUACUCCGGCUGCGGUGGUUACCCGAACAAGUUCCGAAGCGCAAGCGAGUGCUGGAAGACGUGUGGUCUGAAUUCUGGAAGCAAAUGUGUGGAGCCCGGACCUAAAAACAGUCUAGGACUUGUGAAGAAAUACUACUACGACAUACAAACUGACAGCUGCAAGACUUCACGAUACUCGCCCUUUUCGAGCAAAAAGAACCGGUUUGACUCGUUGGCAGACUGUGAGAAGGAAUGCCAAGGUAACUUCACCUACAUCAGCCAAACUAUCUGAGAAGACCACAUAUCUAGUAUACAUAGGGAAGGCUAGCUUGAUGAGGUGCUGCAAUUUAGGUGAUGUAUAUUGCAACGCACAAUGGGGAAAAUGGUGAGGUCACAUUUGAUGAGGUCACAAGUCAACAACAGCAGAACAUAAUUCGUCUCCUCCACUAUUCCGGAGUUCCAGCAACUUCCCGCGAUAUGAGUAUUAUGCAGUUACCUUAAAUAAACGGUC